AAGCAUAACAAGUGUUCCAAAAGAAGAUCGCUAAGUUUUCACAUUCAAAGAAGAUGGGAACGAGGCAAUGGCCUCGUCUGAUCCUUGCAUUUGCAUUUUGCCUUAUGGCUAUCAGUGUUGGUGCUGAUGAUUAUAAGCCUUACUAUGGCCAACCAUGGAACAACUAUCCACACCCAACACCACCAUAUCAACACCAAACACCUCCUUAUUACUACAAAUCUCCACCUCCACCCUCUCCAUCACCACCACCUUCUCCCUAUGUAGAUAAAUUCCCUCCAUAUUAUUACAAAUCACCUCCACCACCAUCCCCAUCACCACCACCUCCAUAUGUCUACAAAUCUCCUCCACCACCAUCCCCGUCACCACCACCUCCAUACGUUUAUAAAUCUCCACCCCCACCAUCUCCAUCACCACCUCCACCCUAUGUUUAUAAGUCACCACCCCCUCCCUCUCCUUCACCACCUCCGCCGUAUGUUUACAAGUCUCCUCCUCCACCAUCUCCUUCACCUCCCCCUCCUUAUGUUUACAAGUCUCCUCCUCCUCCAUCUCCUUCACCACCACCUCCAUAUGUGUAUAAGUCACCACCGCCACCAUCUCCUUCACCACCACCUCCUUAUGUUUACAAGUCACCACCUCCUCCAUCUCCUUCCCCACCACCUCCAUAUGUGUAUAAGUCGCCACCACCACCAUCUCCUUCACCACCACCUCCUUAUGUUUACAAGUCACCACCUCCUCCAUCUCCUUCCCCACCACCUCCCUAUGUUUACAAGUCUCCACCUCCUCCAUCUCCUUCCCCACCACCUCCCUAUGUGUAUAAGUCCCCACCACCACCAUCUCCUUCACCGCCACCUCCUUAUGUUUACAAGUCACCACCUCCUCCAUCUCCUUCCCCACCACCUCCAUAUGUGUAUAAGUCGCCACCACCACCACCUCCCUAUGUCUACAAGUCCCCACCACCACCAUCUCCUUCACCACCACCUCCCUAUGUCUACAAGUCACCCCCUCCUCCAUCUCCUUCUCCACCACCUCCAUAUGUGUAUAAGUCACCACCACCACCAUCUCCUUCACCUCCGCCUCCCUACAUUUACAAGUCCCCACCUCCUCCAUCUCCUUCCCCACCACCUCCCUAUGUUUACAAGUCUCCACCUCCUCCAUCUCCUUCCCCACCACCUCCCUAUGUGUAUAAGUCCCCACCACCACCAUCUCCUUCACCACCACCUCCUUAUGUUUACAAGUCACCACCUCCUCCAUCUCCUUCCCCACCACCUCCAUAUGUGUAUAAGUCGCCACCACCACCAUCUCCUUCACCACCACCUCCUUAUGUCUACAAGUCCCCACCACCACCAUCUCCUUCACCACCACCUCCCUAUGUCUACAAGUCACCCCCUCCUCCAUCUCCUUCUCCACCACCUCCAUAUGUGUACAAGUCACCACCACCACCAUCUCCUUCACCUCCACCUCCCUACAUUUACAAGUCCCCACCUCCUCCAUCUCCUUCCCCACCACCUCCCUAUGUUUACAAGUCUCCACCUCCACCAUCUCCUUCUCCUCCCCCACCAUAUGUCUACAAAUCCCCCCCUCCCCCAUCACCUUCACCUCCCCCACCUUAUGCCUACAAAUCCCCACCACCGCCAUCUCCCUCUCCUCCACCUCCAUACGUUUACAAGUCACCUCCCCCACCAUCACCUUCACCACCUCCCCCAUAUUACUACAAGUCUCCACCUCCACCUUCUCCCUCUCCUCCUCCGCCAUAUGUUUACAAGUCCCCACCUCCUCCGUAUGUAUAUAACUCCCCUCCUCCACCUUCUCCAUCGCCUCCUCCACCAUACUAUUACAAGUCACCAUCGCCUCCUUCUCCUUCACCACCACCACCAUAUUACUACAAGUCUCCACCCCCGCCUACUGUGUACUAAGCUUGCGGCUAAAUCAAUAUCAAUUUUUUCAUUAUGUUCAACAUUGUUGCCAUUAAUUUGUAAUGCGAAGAAUUUCUUCAUAAUAAGGCAUGCACCAAAGUAAUCCUUCUUUUGGAUAUAUUGUAGCCAUGCUUGUUUAUUGUUGUCAAUUCAGAAAUGUGUAUUAAAUCUCUUUCUCCAGUAUUCAUUUAAUAUCAUACUUUAUUUUUGGUUUUCA